CACACUCCCAUUUGAGCCUGUCAUGCGGAUAUGGGACGUGUUCUUCUGUGAAGGUAGCCAUGUAUUACUACGAGUGGGGCUUGUGCUACUUAAGCUCAACCAACCUCGCAUCAUGGCGUGUGACGACGCACUGGACGUGUACGAGAUGUUCAAAGUCUCGCACGAGACUCUACAAGAGCUGACGGCGCCCUACCGGUCGGGUCUGCUGAACCGUGACGAGUGUGUGUGCGAUACGUUGAUUCGCCUUGCAAUGGACAAGUCCUUCCUGGGGACGAUUCCGUUUGAUUCUUUGCACGAGUUGCGUCAAUACUACCGGGGCGAGAUCGAAGCGGAACUGGACGAGGUGGAAGCUCGACGACUGGAGCGUCAACGCAGUGAAGAGGCGGGGGAAGCGUGUGAAGAGCGAGCGCUCAUGAUGGAGUACGACUUCGUGGACGACUACACGUGCAGCUCUGGCUCGGAGGCCUCUCCUGCGCGACACAUUCGGUUCAUGGAUCUGUACGACAGCGACGACUCGACUGCCGACUACUUUGUCGACGUCAUGUACGACUUCUCCAUGCAACACCACUGCUGCUAA